AGUCUGUCAGCAGCCGGGAAGAGAGGAGCAGCUUGUAGGGAAUAAUGUGCUGCUGUAGUGCUGUCUACCUGUUCUAACCUACAAGUACAGGCACAACUUGUGAUGUUUACUUGACUGCACAUUUCAGCUACAGGACGUGGAGCUAAUACUUGUGGGCAUUGGGAACAAGAUGCAACAUAGGUCAGCAUGGCAUCACCAGGUGGACCACAUGCCAGGAUCAAGAUGACCCCAGUUAUCUUCUUGAUUAUCUCUUCACUGCUGUAUGCUCCAAGCCAAGUAUUUAGCGAUCAUGCACAGGGAGCGGUGUUUCUUCAUGAAUUUCCUCUAAUAAGAAGAGAAAAUCAUCAGGAUGAAUUUUUAGCUGAUCUGAUGAAUACACAUAAGAUUGAAGAUCCGAGCUCACGUACUGCUCGAUCGGAGGAAGACCGGGACACUUUAUGGGAUGCUUGGGGAUCAUGGAGUGAAUGCUCAAGGACAUGUGGUGGGGGAGCUUCAUAUUCUCUACGGAGAUGUCUUAGUAGCAAAAGCUGUGAAGGACGGAACAUACGAUACAGGACAUGCAGCAAUGUGGAUUGUCCAGCAGAAUCAGGAGAUUUCCGGGCACAGCAGUGUUCUGCUCAUAAUGAUGUCAAAUAUCAAGGACAGUAUAGAGAAUGGCUCCCAGUUCAUAAUGACCCCGAGAACCCAUGUUCAUUAAAAUGCCAAGCAAAAGGGACAUCUCUUAUUGUGGAACUUGCUCCUAAAGUUCUUGAUGGUACUCGCUGUUAUACGGAAUCCUUGGAUAUGUGCAUAAGUGGUUUAUGCCAGAUUGUUGGGUGUGACCAUCAGCUAGGAAGCACUGCAAAAGAGGACAAUUGUGGCGUUUGCAAUGGAGAGGGGUCAACAUGCCGGUUGGUUCGGGGACAGUACAAAUCACAGCUGUCUGCAAGUAAAUUGGAUGACACUGUGGUUGUUAUACCCUAUGGAAGUCGACACAUUAGGUUGGUUCUUAAGGGCCCCGAUCACUUGUACUUGGAAACUAAGACUCUGCAAGGUGUGAAAGGGGAGAACGGCCUCAGCAGCACUGGUUUAUUUCUUGUGGACAACACUACUGUGGAUUUUCAAAGGUUCCCCGACAAAGAAAUUCUUCGGAUAGCUGGUCCUCUUUCUGCUGACUUCUCUGUAAAGGUCCGCUAUGCUGGUGCUGCUGAUAGCGUGGUGCAGUUUAUCUUCUACCAGCCUAUCAUACAUCGCUGGAGAGAAACUGACUUUUUUCCAUGCUCGGCAUCCUGUGGAGGAGGAUACCAGCUGACAUCGGCUGAAUGUUAUGACAUGAGAAGUGGGCGAGUAGUGGCAGACCAGUAUUGUCAUUACUAUCCAGAAAAUGUAAAGCCCAAACCCAGGCUCCAGGAGUGUAACAUGGACCCAUGCUUAGCAAGUGAUGGCUACAAGCAAAUUAUGCCUUAUGAUCUCUAUCAUCCUCUACCCAGAUGGGAAAAUACACCCUGGACCGCUUGUUCCUCGUCUUGUGGUGGAGGGAUUCAAAGCCGAACAGUUUCUUGUGUGGAAGAAGACAUGCAAGGACAGAUAAGCUCUGUGGAAGAAUGGAAAUGUAUGUACACUCCUAAGAUGCCUCUAGUCCAACCAUGCAAUAUUUUUGAUUGUCCAAAGUGGUUGGCUCAAGAAUGGUCACCGUGCACUGUCACCUGUGGUCAUGGCUUGAGGUAUCGAGUAGUUCUUUGCAUUGAUCACAGAGGCAUCCAUACAGGAGGAUGCAGUCCAAAGACUAAACCUCACAUCAAGGAGGAAUGUACUGUACCCAUACCUUGCUUCAAGAUCAAAGAAAAACUACCCGUGGAAGCCAAGUUGCCAUGGUACAAGCAAGCACAGGAGUUGGAAGAGGCCACAGCUGUAUCCGAAGAACCUUCAUUCAUUCCCGAACCAUGGUCCCCGUGUAGUGUUUCCUGUGGAAUAGGCGUUCAACACAGAAGUGUGAAGUGCCAGGUGCUCUUGUCAUUUGCACAAACUGUUGCGGAUCUGCCAAUAGACGAGUGUGAGGGUCCACAACCAGUCACUCAAAGAACAUGUUAUAGUGGGUCCUGCAAUGGGGAAGCUGUUGAGUUUAACCCAGAUGAAGAAGAGCUGGAGAAUGGAGGUCUAAAGGAUAUUGAUGAACUCUAUGACUGGGAGUAUGAAGGCUUCUCAGAGUGCUCUGAAUCUUGUGGUGGAGGUAUGCAAGAAGCUGUAGUGGUUUGUUUGAACAAACAGACUAGAUCAACAGUAGUAGAAAGCCUGUGUGUGGCCAAUAGACGUCCUCCUCCGCUCUUAAAGUCAUGCAAUAUGGAGGCAUGCCCCCCAAGAUGGGAAGUUGGAAACUGGAGCUCCUGCAGCUUGACUUGUGGAGUGGGAUUACAAACCAGAGAUGUAUUUUGUUCACAUCUGUUGUCACGAGAGACAAAUGAAACUGUGGUCUUAGGAGAUGACUUCUGCAAACAACCUAAACCAACUCUGGUGCAGGCCUGCAACCGCUUUGACUGCCCACCGGCAUGGUACCCUGCAGAAUGGAAACCGUGCUCCCAGUCCUGCGGGGGAGGCAUACAUACUCGUGAUGUCCUCUGCAAACAAAGACUCUCUGAUGGCAGCAUCCUGGAACUGCCAGACACAUUCUGUUCAUCUACAAAGCCAAUACAACAAGAAAUGUGUGAAAAUGAAGAUUGCCCACCAGAGUGGUAUUUAACUGAGUGGUCUAAGUGCUCAGUGUCUUGUGGAGAAGGAACACAGAUCCAAAGCGCAGUUUGCAGGAAGAAAGUGAAGACUGGGGAAUAUGUUGUGGUGAAUUCAUCUAUAUGUGCUGGAUCAGUCCUUCAUCCGAUGGCUCGCCCUUGCCUGCUUGCGCCAUGCACUAGAUCAAGAAAUGGUCAGAAAACAAACCCCCAUAUUACAGGUUUGAGAAAAUUAUAUAUCCAGACAAGAAAGCAGAAGAAGUUGCAGUUUGUUGUUGGUGGAUAUGCUUACCUACUUGCAAAGACCACUCUUGUGCUUAAGUGCCCUGUGCGCCGAUUCCGUAAACCACAGAUUAUAUGGGAGAAGGACGGGAAACACUUGAUAAGCUCAGAGCACAUUACUGUUGCACCACAUGGAUAUAUAAAAAUUCACCACCUUAGAUCCUCAGACACUGGAGUGUACACAUGCAUGGCUGGGCCUAGCCAAGAACAUUUUGUUAUCAAGCUCAUAGGAGAGAGCAAUAAAAUUAUUUCUCAGGAUUCUAGAAUAAGAGAUGAUGAAAGUAUUAAGAAAAUAAGGAAAAACGAGGCUUACAAUCGCCCAGAAAAACAACAUACUGCAAAUCUGUCUAACAGAAGCAAAACUGAAAAGCAAAUUCAAGUCUCAGAUGCGAGUUGUCGCUAUGAUAAUAUAAUCGCAAGACUACUGGCCUUGAAACCUUGGGCAGAAUAUUAUGUGGAUCCAUCUGAUCCUCAAGAAUCCUUUGAAAGAAACAUCUCUUCAGAUGAAGACCAUGUUGUGGAGCAUUCUUUAGCAAACACUGUUGUCAUUGACAUUAAACGUGUAGAUGACAUCAUACAAUCUUUGUCUCAGCAACCUGUCGAACUCCAUGACAACAACAGCAGACACCUUUUAAACCAGUUGGCACAUGAGUUAGCACGGAACUAUGUAGAGAACCAUGAAGCGCCUGUCUUCAAGGCAGAGCAUAAACCGGUUAGUCCUGGAAGAUCAGAACAUUCAUUUUACAAACCCGUUUCUGGUUUCUCCAGUUCCUGGAGAUCAUCAUCACUGGAGUCAGAAGUAUUUGAACCUCAUGAAAUCCUUCCAGACCAUUCUCUCAGAAAACCAGUAAUUCUUAGAAAAAUAUCCGCAGCUCAGCAUUUUUCUGCUUCUGAAGUUGUAACUCAUAUUGGACAGACAGUGGCAUUGGCUAGCGGAACUCUCAGUGUGCUUCUGCAUUGUGAAGCUGGUGGAAACCCUAAACCAGUUAUUAGCUGGGCUAGGAAUGGAGAAGAAGUCAAAUAUAGUAACAGGAUCCUUCUUAAGCCAGACGAUUCCUUGGAGAUCUUAGAACCAGUUGAAGCUGAUGUUGGCUUCUACACCUGCAAUGCCACCAACUCUCUAGGCUCUGCCUCCGUGUCCAUUGCCAUUACCCUUGCAGGGAAACCAUUAAUAAAGACCUCCAGGACUGUGCUUAUCAAUAUGGAUGUGCCUUCCAUUGCUGUCGACGUGGGUAGUGUAGUGAAGACCAUUCAUGCAACAAAUGUUACCAUCCAUUGUCAAGUAGCAGGUCUUCCUGAGGCAGAUGUUACAUGGUACAGAAAUAACAGUCGAUUGCAUCAUGUGCCCCGCCACAGCGACACGUCUUUAUUCAUUGGAAAUAUCACCUAUUCCGAUCAGGGACAAUAUACUUGCAAAGCAGUCAAUAUACACGGGGAAGUUUCUGAAUCAACACAGCUUCAGAUUAUAGACCCCCCUCUGGAUACUUUUGGGACAGAACGAGUAGGAAUGCUUUUUGCUGAAAUUGGUCCAAAAACACCAUCCGUGCUGACUUCUUUGACCGGCAAUAAGCUGUUGGUGAACACUGGUGGAUCAGCAUUGAUAGGGUGUCCAGUGAAAGGUGAUUCUAUUCCCUAUAUCACUUGGAUUCAUGGAGGUCAACCAUUAAACACUGGAACAAAGCUAACAUAUGACAUUUUGGAAGGUGGACAGAUCCUUCAGCUAAUAAACCUAACAAUGGACCACCAGGGAGAAUAUAGUUGUGUUAUUCAGAGGAACCCAUCUGAUUCACUCACACAAAAAGCUUUUCUGUCACUUCAAGAUUACCAAUGGGCUUUGUUUGGUCACCUGCCAUGUACAACAUCCUGUGGUAAUAGGGGCAUUCAGCAUCCACAACUGAGGUGUGUUCUUGACAAGCAAGAGGUCAAUGUGUCACAUUGCCAGGAGAAGCCCAAACCACCAAUGAAUCCUAUUGCAUGUAACAGAAGGGAUUGUCCGCCAAGGUGGAUGGUUACAUCAUGGUCAACAUGUUCACAAAGCUGUGGAGGGGGUGUCCAAACCCGUCGGGUAACAUGUCAAAAGAUGACUGGCGGAGGUAUCUCGGUUCCAGUGUCAAAUGAUAUCUGUAUAUGGUCUGCAAAACGUCCUGUUGACAGUCAGAGCUGUAGCAGACAGCUGUGUGUAGAAUGGGCCACAUCAUCAUGGGGACAGUGUCAUGGACCAUGCAUUGGACCACGAACAGCUGUACAGCAUAGGCAGGUCUACUGUCAAACACGCGAUGGAGCCAUUGUGUCUCCAGAACAGUGCCAGGUCUUACCCAGGCCGCUCAGUACACAAAACUGCUUGGCAGACAUGUGCAGUGUACAGUGGAGAGUGUCUUCUUGGACCCUCUGCACAGCCACUUGCGGCAGUUAUGGAUUCCAAUCCAGGCGUGUUGAAUGUGUUCAUCAUCGAACUGGGAAGUCUGUUCAAGAUCAUAUGUGUUCCUGGAGACCCCGGCCCUCUAACUGGCAACGUUGCAAUAUAGCACCUUGUGAGAACGGUAUGAGCUGUAAGGGCUGGAUUUACUAAGUUGACUGCAGAGAUACAACCAGGUACUGUGAAAAAGUGAAACAGCUGAAACUUUGUCAGCUUGCACAGUUUAAAUCUCGCUGCUGUGGGACUUGUGGGAAAGCAUGACGACCCGUUCAGAAGCCUAACUUCCUUUUAGCUAGGGAAGGAGACAUGAAUAAGAACAGAGCUGAUCCACGAGCUUGUGAUGAUCCUGUGACUGUACUUACACGUGCACUGUUUGGCCUUUAAAAAGGAUCCGACAUGGUUGUCUUCUGUCGAAAGGCAAGGAUGUACCAGACUCAUCGACUAGGGAAAUGAGAUAAGGACACCAAUCACAAAUACUUAUGGUUGCAUCAUGGACCUUACUUACUGAGGAUGCUGCGACUUGCAUAAAGGAUUGCCAAGCAACAUAGGAACAAAGGGAUUAUGAUGGGACACAAAUAAUUUGGUGACAAAUGGACGUCUCUAGAUGUAUAUGUAUUGUUAUUUUUGUCAUUUUUUUUAUUCCAUUUUUUUUCUGUUGUGCUUUCUCUGCCACCCCACUAUGAAACACAGAGCACUGCACAAUGACGCACACUACAGGAACUAAAGCUGGGACCAAUCAUCUACUGGAUUAAAUAGAAGCAAACCUGAAAGACUAAGUUGCCUUAACAAUCAUAGGAAAAACAACAACAUUGCCUACUAGUGAGCCUGUUUCUGGCACAGAUGCAACUUUUAUGACAAGGGUUAUGGGCAUGACCCAUCAUUCAGUGACUUGUAAAGUUUAAAAAUGAUAUCUCCUCAGUACUAGGUAUAUGGAAUUUGUGACUACCAACGUAAAACGUAAAGCAGAGUCUGCUAUAUUUACAGGCACUUUAAGAGUGUGAUGCUUGAGAACGACAAACAAGGCAAAGAGAAAUGUGCAAAUAUAACAGAAUAGAAAAUGUCAGUGGGAAAGAAGAGAAUUAUUUAAGCUUUUAUUAGCACUUUGUUACUUGUACAUUUUGAUGCCUCUGGGCUAGAUUAUUUUAUUUUGUAAAUUCAUCAAGGGUUUUUCCACUAAACCUAAACUGUGAGUUGCAUUAAUGGCCACAUGUUGUGUUAGAACAAGACUGACCUCCAUAUUGGAUAGAGACAGACACGUAAGAAAAGAUGGUAGUAAGCAACCAGAGGAGUAUCAUGUCCCACAGGUUACUGACUUAGAGAAACACAAAGCAAGCAUAAUACAUAUAAUAAAAUAGAACACAAAAGGAGACAUCUAUCCCUCCAUUCAUACAAUAAUUGCCCUGUAAUCAAAUGUAGAAUUCAAUGUUUAAUAAGCACUUAACAUUCCCAACAUAUUUAGUUUUGGUUAGGAAAUAAGCCAGACAGAAAGCAUUCAUACAAAAUUCAUGCCAUGCAUAGAAAGACAUUUCACCUACUUUUGCUUUUAAAUUAUGGAAAAAAACACUGUGGUCAAAGAUCCCCCAGGUAAAAUAUAUAAACUCUGCAAAAAAAAAUUUCAUUGCUCCAGCACGGCCUCCAUAUUGUCUUCUACAGUUCCACUGUCCUGUGGCUCCAUGUUUUGUAUAUGGCAUGCAAUGACUCUACUGGCAAGUGGGACUCUAGAAGAAAUUCAGUUCAUCUACUCCUGUAGAUGUAAAUGCAGACUUAGGGCUUAUUCACAUGGGUAGAUUUUAUUACGAGUCAGCAGUGUGUUUUCCGCUGCGAGUUUGUAUGGGGGCAGGCUCAUCCACAGCACAUUUUUCAGUAGUGGAAUUUCCUUCUGGGGAAAAACCACUGAAGACCCCAUUGGCUUCAAAUGCAAAACCAACAUUGCUUUUUAAUGGCUUUUUUCUCUCCCUUAGACUUCUAUGGGGGAAAAAAAACAUUAAAGCCAUACCCUUAUCACCAAAGCCACAGCUACUUUCUGCUGGGAUACGGCCCCUUGUCAUUUCCAUUAUCUUCCUAAAAGACAGGUGCUAAUAAGAAAAGAACACUAAGGCUAUGUUCACACCUAGUUUUUGGAGUGUAUUUUGAGAUGUAAAACAUAUUUUUACACCUCAAACAAUGAUAUUCAAUAAAUUCAAUAGGAAAACACUUGACAAUUCACUUGUGGUUUCAUUUUUACAGUUUUAAUUGUGCCAGCCAUAAAAACAAGUGCAUGGUAUCUAUUUUGGAUAAUUUUAUGUUGUUUUUGGCAGUUGUUUUGCCUUUUUACACUUCGGAGCCCUUGAAAAUUGCAAACAAAGACCUGAUAUACAUAAGCUGCUAAAAAAAAGUACCAAGAAAAGCUGAGUUAAACAUAACUUUCAUAAAAAUUCUCCAAAUAGCAACAAAAAUGAUUAAAAAUGUAAGGCUCAUUUUGAGGCUUGUGUUUUUUGAGCCUCAAAAAACAUUGUGUGAACAUAGCCUAAAGUCUGGCAUGCUUGUUAGCACAACAUCUCUAUAGGGGUGCAUAGACCCCAAAAGCCCCUCAGCCACACAUGAAGACAUUAGUCAUAUAAAUAGACCUGGUAGAUGGUAGGCCCUGUUAUAGUGAUUUUACAUAAGAGUCCAGGAGCUUCAUGUUACCCCUUGACACAGAUUAGAAUACCUGACACUGACGACACAAAAAAUUCUGCAUCUAUCUUUGGUUAAUUUAGAAACCAUUUAAAGGGGUACUCCGCCCAUAGACUUCUUAUACCCUAGGGGAUAAGAUGUUUGAUCGCGGGGGUCUCUGCUGGGGACCCCCGCAAUCUCUCUUGCAGCACCCCGUCAUCAGCUGCAUGGAGCGAAGUUCGCUCCGUACGUGAUGAUUCCCGAUACAGGGGCAGGAGGAUUGUGACAUCAUGGCCCCGUCCCCUCAUGAUGUCCCGCCCCACCCCUCAAUGCAAGCCUAUGGGAGUGGGCGAAAUUGACGAACUUCGCUCCAUGCAGCUGAUGACGGGGGCUGCAGGAAAGAUUGCGUGGGUCCCCAGCGCCUGGACCCCCGUGAUCAGACAUCUUAUCCCCUAUCCAUUUGAUAGGGGAUAAGAUAUAUAGGGGCAGAAUACCUCUUUCAGGUAUAAUCCCUUUACUUUUUAUGCACCUCCAUAUUUUUAUUUAUUUUUUUCCAAAUUCCAGUUCUUCCACAAAAUGUCAUUAGAAUGUCGAUUGGAAUCAUGGUCUAGUCCAGUUACAGUCUCUGUGGUGCUGUUUCUGACAGUGACAGAGAUGCAUUGGAACGUAGCAAUGAAUAAAAACCUUAUUUAUGUCAUAAUGAUCCUUACAGGAAUACAAAUGUUAGCAUCUGAAACCACUGUAACAACUUACUAUACCCUUUUCCUAUUAUAAAUGCACAUGAUACGGCCACUUUGUAAAAGACGUUCUGUGCGCAAAAUGUUUGUUGCCAAGAUACAUUAUUAUUGAUAUCAAAUGUCUAUGUAUGUAUAGCUUUUGUUUGUAUUUAUUAGAAUUUCUUGUACAAAGAAAGUGCAAUAUUAAUAAUUGUACAUUGUUUUCCAGAUAAAAUUAUUUUUGGGACUUUUUAUGACUUGGUGUUACAUUCAUUGUGGUCAUUUCAUGUUUUUCUGAUAGCAAUGAAAUACCUGGCGAAUCAUAGCUAGGAAAGACCAAAGGGUGAAGAAAUAAGAGUACUUAGAGGAAGGGCCGCUCAGUAUGGAUGGAAUCCUUUAUAGCUAUUUUUAGUCUAUUUGUCUAAUGAAAAGCAGAACAGACCUCCUUGAGUGGACGAAACAUCUUCAUCUGUUGGUUAUUAGGGACGUCUCUCAUUAGCCCAGCAUGCAGAAGAAGAUGGUGGCUUUGAUAAAUCUGCCGUAGCAUAGAUGGGCCUGGCACGUGCUCAGAAAAAUUCUUUCAGUGUAUUUUUUCCUCAUGCCUAAAUGAUUGCAGUGCAACAGACUAUGGAAAAAUAUUAAUGUUGUAGAAAAAUAGGCAUAUCUAAUACAGCAUUGUGAUCUGAGCUACCAUUCAUGAGCCAAAA